AUGUUGUUUUUUUUCCGACAAUUUCCACAGAUACGAGUGGUUAACGCUUUCCGGCAGGGUCUGGAUGCACGUUACGGCGAGUCGCUGGCCGAAGUGUUGCGCAAACAGCCGUGCUUCAGCAAGAGACUGUCUGCGGCGACGGGCGGCGGCGGAUCGUCGUCGAAAACCGGCGGAGGCGGCGGCACCGGCACCGGCGGAUCCAUCGAAUACGCUGACAGCGACAACGCGAUCGGCGUCCCUCACAUCGACGUCGAACGUCUCUCGUCGCACAGCCACACGGAAACGGCCGUGUAA